AUGGCUGAAAGUGUUGGUACUAGUUCUUCAAGAGCUUCUAAUGCAACCGGUUCUAUUCCAAUGACCACUACGUCUACCCCUUCACAAGUAAAUUCCGAAUCAUUAUGGAGACUGGCUUCGAAUGAUGUUGGUUGGGAGUAUGGGUAUUGUGAGGAUAUUACUAAGAGGAAUGUGGUUACUUGUACAUUGUGUCACACGAGAGUUAGUACUUGUGGAAUAACUCGAUUGAAAGAGCACGUAGCCGGUAUAAAGGGUAAUGUUGCCCCAUGUAAGAAAGCAAAUGAUGAAGCCAAAGCCAAGUGUAAAAAGUCUCUCUUGGAAGGGAAAGAAAAGAAAAAUGCUUUGAAUGUCCAUGAUAUAAAAGUGAGGGAAGAAGUGCACUUGAGAUCCCAAGAUGAGGAAGAGGAAGAUGAUAUCGGUAAUGGUGGUGGUGAUGAGGAGGAGGAGGAGGAAGAAGUUAAAAUUACCGGAGCAAAAAAAAGAAAAAAUAUUAGAGGGCCCAUGGAUAGAUUUGCAUCUUCUAUUCAUCCUCCAACCGAUGUAGGGAAGAAAAGAAAACAACAAGUUAUCAAUGACGCAUUUGGUAAAGAAAGAACACAAAGUGUGCAUGAAUUUUUGGCACGAUGGGUGUAUGAAAAUGGUAUUCCUUUCCAUGCUCUUGACAAUGAUAGUUUUAGAAGAUUUUGUGAAGCGGUUGGACAAUAUGGUCCGGGCUACAAACCUCCAAGCCAAUAUGAAUUAAGAGAACCAUUGUUGAACAAGGAAGUUGAGAUAACAAAGAAGGCACUUAAGAAUCAAGAAUAUGAGUGGGCAAAGACCGGCUGCUCAAUCAUGACAGAUGCUUGGAGUGAUGGAAAAAGAAUAAGCAUCAUGAAUUUAUGUGUGAAUUGUAAAAAGGGCACAACUUUUCUAUCUUCCAAGGAAGCUUCCAAUGACUCACAUACCGGUGAAUACAUUUUUACUUAUAUUGAGAAUUGUAUUCAAGAAGUUGGACCACAAAAUGUGAUACAAGUGGUGACGGACAAUGCUUCCAACAACAUGGCGGCGGCAAAGAACUUGCAAGAAACAAGGCCUCACAUUUUUUGGAAUUCAUGUGCCACUCAUACCAUCAAUAUCAUGCUUCAAGGAAUAGGUAACAUACCUAAGUUCCAAGUAAUAAUUGAGAAAGCCAAAACAUUCACCGUCUUCAUUUAUUCACAUCACAAGACAUUGGCCAUGAUGAGGAAUUGUACAAAGAAAAAAGACUUGGUGCGGUCGGGAGUUACUAGGUUUGCUACUUCUUCCCUUACUUUACAAAGUUUGAAUAACAAAAAGCAUUUGUUGAGAUUAUUGUUUGCAAGUAAAGAAUGGGAAGAAAGCAAGUAUUCAAAGACUUUAAAAGGAAAAGCGGUAUUUGCUACCAUAAUGAGCAUGUCAUUUUGGAAUGGGGUUUCACUUUGCUUGCAAGUAUUUGAACCUUUAGUUAAGGUGCUUCGCCUUGUUGAUGGAGAUAAAAGACCUUCAAUGGGUUUCCUAUAUGGAGAGCUACAAGAAGCAAGGAAGGAGAUCAAAGAAGUAUACAACAAUCAAGAGGCAACUUAUGCUCAAAUCUUAGAGAUUAUGGAUUUAAAAGCUCGUGAUCGACUUGAUGGUCCAUUGCACUUGGCGGCUUACUUCUUCAACCCUUAUUACUUCUUCAAAGAUGAAGGCAUAUGUUUGAAUGGGGAUGUCAUGCAAGGUUGUAUUUGUUGUACUGAGCACUUCUUUCCCGAUGAUGACCAAUCCCAAGAAACCCUCAUGAACGUUGAGUUGCCUAAGUAUAGAAACAAAGAAGGUGUGUUUGGGAGAAAUUUGGCUAAAUCGGGGUGUGCCAAGAAAGACUUUGAUCCGGUUGCAUGGUGGUACACUUAUGGAAAUAGUGUGCCACAUUUACAAAAAAUGGCAAUAAGGAUUCUUUCCUUGACUACAAGCUCAUCCGGGUGUGAGAGAAAUUGGAGCACAUUUCAAGGGAUACACACAAAGAAAAGAAAUAGACUAGAUGCCACAAGGAUGAGCAAGUUGGUCUAUGUUCAAUUCAAUUCCAAAAUUAUUAACAAAAACCGAAGGAAGAAUAUAGGAGAGGUUUUACUUGCUAGAGAAGCUAGAGAAGCACAAGAAUGGCUUGUUGAAAAUAAUGGUAUUGAAGAUAUGGAAAUGCAACAAGAAGCAUCCGAAGUGGAUAGUGAACUUCGAGAAGUACGAGAGCUUUAUGAAGAUGAUUUUGCAUCGAAAGAUGAGGAUGAAGGUAAUUGA